AUGAAAACUUUACUUGAAUCUACUAAUAUACAAAUUCUUCCUCAACAUCGCUUAAAAGUUCCAAAAACAAGUCUGAUUCCAGCUAUUUUCUUCUAUAAUGGAAGUUUUACACCAAUUCAUGCAGGUCAUCUGAAUGUCCUGGAAGAUGCAAAACGUUAUAUUGAUAAUCUCGGAACGCAUGAAUUUCUAGCUGCAUAUAUAUCUCCAUCACAUUCUGGAUAUAUUGCAAAGAAAUUAAAAGCAGAUGAGUUGAUUGGAGCUGGACAUCGUCUAUCAAUGAUUUAUCUUGCAAUUGAGAAUAUCGAUUGGGUUAUGAUAGAUUUAUUUGAAAUAUUUCAACCAUGCAAAACUAAAUUAAGUAUUACAAUGGAAGCAUUUCUUUCACGUGUUCAUUCACAACUUCCUCAUGGAAAAAGCAUUGAUGUAUUUUGGUUAAAAGGAGAAGAUGCACUUUUUCAUACUAGAUCACCUGACAAUUUGAUUCAAUUGGGAUUUCAUACAGUAUAUGUUCUCAAUCGAGGAUGUAAUGAGGACAUAAUUAAUAAUAAUGAUGAACUUAAAUCUAUUGAAGAUUAUUAUGAAAAGCGUUGGCGAGAAAUACGAGCUGCAUCAUCUUUUCCAGAAAAGUUUCAUAUUGUCCAAUCAACGCAUAUGAAUCUUUCCUCGAGUACUAUUCGAGCCUGUGCACGAAAUCCUUCUGUAACACGUGAAAAACUUCAGUUGUGCAUCCAGCUUGACAACAUCACUACAUAUAUCAUACAACAUCAACUAUGGAGCACACGUGUAAAUACAAUGCCAGCACUUUCUGUCUUUCCUAAUGAAAUUACCGAUCUAACACUUGAACUUCUUUCAACCAUGCUCUCUGCAUAUUCAAGCUCAUCAGUAAAAGUAAACUCCUUUAUGUUUGAACAAAUCGGCGUUGGAAAAGGUUGGAAUGGAUCUAUAUAUCGUCUUUAUGAUAUCCAAUAUUCAUCUGAUAGUACGGAUUAUCUUCCGCCAAGUAUGGUAUUAAAACUAUCAACUGGCAUUUGGCUACAGCGUGUUGCCUCUAUCGAACCAGAAUUUUAUUUAAAACUUGGGCCACGCAUCUCUAAUAUUGAAAUACCCAAAUGUUAUUAUGUUGCUCGUCACCCUCAUUCUUCAAACGAGAGUUUGCUGCUUCUUGAAGAUCUUUCUAUGAAUUGUGAUCCAUUAGAUUCAAAAGGGUCGCUGAAAGAUUCAACAUUGUUUUUUCUUAUUGCUUCAAUCGCAUCUUUGCACGCCGAGUUUUUCAAUCAUCCACUAUUGCGGCAAGAAAUGUUCGCAUGGCUACCUUCAGUAAAUUCAACAUUGACACACUAUCAUACUGAAUAUGUAUUAAAGAUGACUGACAAAGAAUUCACACAAUUAUUAGAAUCGAGAGUAUCACCCAAAGCAUAUACUUAUGCUAAAGCACUUGUUACACAUAUUCCACAUUUAUUUCAAACACUCACUGACGAACAUUAUACUUUAUCGCAUGGUGACUUUUGGAUUAAUAAUCUAUUCAUCCGACGUAGUCAAUCACAUCGAUUAGUAUUAUUUGAUUGGCAGACUUGCUGUCGUGCAAAUGGAUUAAUUGAUAUCGUGUUUUUCUUACGCUUACUUGACACUGAUCGAGCUCGUUCACUUGAAUCACAAGUUCUCCAAUUGUAUCAUCAAACGCUGGUUAAUAAGGAUUUAUCUCCUUAUAAAUAUAUUAAUAGUUAA